AUGGAGAGCAACCAGGCCGCCGCGCGCGCCGCAAAGCGCUUCCUCGACGAGCGCACGCGCACCGACUGGGCGUUUCCGCUGCUGCCGCCGCCGCGCGACAGUGGCGAUGAGGAGGUCCGGUGCGCCGUUGCGUUUAGGGAGAGGUACUAUGGCGAGAGCGAGACAGGCUCCUUACCGGUCGCCAAAGCCGAGUUCUCACCGGACGCAGCAUACAAAUUCGACAGCCCAGACGCCAUCGGCGACGCUGUGGGCCGCACGCGCGAGCGCAAGAGAAAAAGGCGGCGCAUGCGGCUCGAGGAGGAGAUGGCCGAGAACGAAGGCCUGCGGAUUUGGGUCCAGCGGCGCGACGCAUGGACAGGCGCAGCGAGCGUGCGCCGCUACGGCCCAGAAGCAGAAGCAGACACCACCGCCCAAGACGUAGAGCCAGAUACCUUCGACCUCGUCCCCGUCGCACCCCGCCUGCUCCCCACCAACGCAAUCCGCGCAAGCAUAACACCCAAAUCCUACCCAGACAUCUACGCCAAAAUCGUUUCUUCGUCACGCACGCCCAGCGUCCCCAUCAACCUGGCCGACAUGACGCGCGCGCUCGUGCAGGGCUGGAAAGACACCAACGAGUGGCCGCCCAAGAUUGGGGCGCUGGAUCCGCUCGCAGGGCGGCGGAGGGGGGCGGGCGCUGUGUUGGGUGGAGGAGCUGGGAGGGAGGGCGCAGGGUUUAUACAUAGACAUCCGCAUUUGGAAAAGGGUGUUGGUAGUGUGAGGAAGAUUUUGCAUUUGGAUGGGGGGCAUGGCGAGGCGUGA